AUGAUAAAAUGUGUAAAUUGUGGUAUAGAAGUAAUAACAUUAUAUCAUAUAUAUAAUGAAACAAAUUAUUGUUUAUCAACUUGUGAAAAUUGUGGUCAAAUUUGUGAUAAAUAUGUCGAAUGGGAAAUUCCUUUAAUUAUUAUUGAUUUAUUUCUUUUCAAAACACAAGUUUAUCGUCAUUUAAUUUAUAAUCAUUCACAAUUUCCUUCUAUUAGCCCCGUUACGGUGCUUGGUCACACGGAUAGAGUUGUACCUUGUAAUAAGGUUAGUAGUAGUACAGUUGUAUCUAGUAAUGAGGAAACUAGUAAUACUACUGGUACUACUACUGUUGGACCAAGCACCGUAACUAAGGGAAAGGGAGCUAAUUCUACAGCUAUGGAAUGUACUAGUGAGAAAAAUAGUAAUAAAAUUGCUGCUGUAACUAAAACUGGGGAGUCAGGUACUAAUACUGUAGGUACUGAGAAAGUCCCUUUUGGGGUUGGUGGUUGGCAUUGGACCAGACACCGUAAUGGAAAAAUAAUAAGAAUAAUAUUAUUAUUAAUAUCAGCAACAAUAUUGGAUAGUUAUUCAAUGUUAACAUCAUGUAAUUAUUUAACAAAUACACCAAAUAUAUGCUUUCCACAAUUCCAAUCAUAUAAUCAAACACUCUUAAAUUAUAUUAUUCUUUAUUUUAAAUCUUUCAAUACACAUAUCAAUUCACAAGGUAUCAAUCCCUUAGAAUACCUAAUAUACCCUUAG